AGGGCUGGUCGUGGAUCCCUCCCCCAGGUUUCAUACAGGUUGUAUUCACUCACUCUCUGGAUCUGCAGCAUAUCAACAGGCAGUAGAGGUUUGCUUCUGACAGUGACUGACGGAAUUCCCGUUUCAUUUUUUCACGGAGUGAGGUACAAGGUCACUAUGGGUACCAGCUCCUCAUCAUACGCCCCCAAGACAGUCUACCUAGAUGUGGAUGGGAAAAUGCAGAAGGUGAUUUUCAGUCGAUACUGCAGCCCCUGUGACAUCCGAGAACUGCUGUGUUCUUCCUCUAACAUAGCCAGAAAUACUGCUAUAAGGCUGGUGGACUCGGAGGGAGCGCUGGUCUCCAUCGAUCCCACAAUGCCUACCAACACCCCAAACUCCCAGUACAAGGUAAUGCCUCAGUCGACUGGUCAGGUGGGAGACAAAGAAGACAUGUUCCAGAAUGUUUUGUCUCAGGUGGCAGAGCAAUUUAGCAGGGCUUUUAGAAUCAAUGAGUUGAAGACAGAGGUGACCAAUAGGCUUGCCAUGUUGGAGAAGAGAGUGGAGUUAGAGGGGCUUAAAAUGGUGGAGAUUGAGAAGUGCAAGAAUGACCUGAGGAAAUUACGGGAUGAGAUGACCUCAAAGGGAGGAGGAAGAGUGACUUGUGGUUGCAAAUAUAGCUUCACAGAGGACGGCAAGAAACUCUCCCCAAGACGAGACGUUCCAAAUUACCCAAAGUAUACUCUAUCCCAGGAGACCAUAGAAGCUCUGAAGAAACCUACAUUUGAUGUUUGGCAUUGGGAGCACAAUGAGAUGUUAAGCUGUCUGGAGUACAUGUAUCAUGAUCUGGGCCUGGUGAAGGAAUUUAAUAUGAACCCCAUCACACUGAAACGAUGGCUGCUGGGAAUCCAGGAGAAUUACCGCAACAACCCGUUCCAUAACUUCCGCCACUGCUUCUGUGUCAGUCAGAUGAUGUAUGGAAUGAUUCACUUGUGCAACUUACAAGAGAGGCUCACCAUGACUGACAUGUGCAUCCUCAUGACAGCUGCCGUGUGUCACGACCUAGAUCACCCAGGCUACAACAACACGUACCAGAUAAACGCUCACACAGAGCUGGCGGUGCGCUACAACGACAUCUCGCCCCUGGAGAACCAUCACUGUGCCGUGGCCUUCCAGAUCAUCUCCAUGCCAGAGUGUAACAUCUUCGCCAACAUAGAAACGGAAGCCUUCAAACACCUCAGACAGGCUAUCAUCACUCUCAUCUUAGCCACAGAUAUGGCCAGACACGGUGAGAUACUGGACUCCUUCAAGCAGAACGUGGACAACUUUGACUUCACCAACCACAAGCAUGUGACAUGUCUAAAGCUGGUGUUGAUCAAGUGCUGCGACAUCUCCAAUGAGGUGAGACCCACGGAGGUGGCCGAGCCCUGGCUAGACUGCCUGCUGGAGGAAUACUUUAUGCAGAGUGACAGAGAGAAAUCUGAGGGUCUCCCAGUUGCUCCGUUCAUGGAUCGGGACAAAGUGACCAAACCCACCGCUCAGAUUGGCUUCAUCAAAUUCGUCCUCAUUCCCAUGUUUGAGACUGUUAUGAAGCUUUUUCCCCAGAUUGAGGAGAUUAUGGUGCAGCCUUUGCGGGAUUCUCGAGACCACUAUGAAGAACUUAAACAGAUUGACGAUGCCAUGACUGAGGUAAAACCCUUCUCCUCACACCUCGUUGACCUCAAGAAUCGAGGUCAAUCUCAUUUACAUUGUAUGUUAAAAAUAAAUGGAACAAACAUGGAAUACAUUAUGGCUGACUCAUUAUACAGACUCUUGAGAAAAAAAACAAUAGAGAACAUGGUCAUUUGUAGUUAAAAUUGUUUCAUUAUUUUCCUGAAUUGACUGAAGUUAAGCUGAAUGUGUCAUGCCCAUUGAAAAUGGGGGUCCUUUUAUACAUUUGUUUGCUGAAAAUACAAAACAAAUGUUUCUUCAAUGCAUAAUUAACUCAAAGAUAUCAAAUUUGGCCAUCAGUUCCCCCUUGAAAAAAUUAAGUGCAUGACACCUCUGCCUCAUCAUUGCUUUCCUUUUAUUGUGUGCAGAUGCGGUAUGUCCUGUUAUAAGGCACUACUACAGCAGCGUAGUGAUGAUAAUAACUGGCUCAGGGGUGAAGUUUCCCCUAUGUGCAGAUCGAGACUCAGCUUUCUCAAUCCUAACCUUAGCACUAGUGGGGAAACUUUUAAACUGACCCAAGAUCAGCGGCUAGGGGCAACUUCACCCAAUAACUGUGGCCUUAGUCCUUAGACUAUCUACCAGCUUUAUUACUCUAUAAAAUCCCUCCACCGCCAUCUUGUGUUAACAUAAAGGUGUCUUUUGUUCUACAAGGCACAGAAGAAAAAAACUGAGAGCAAGUCAUUAGGAGGAAAGAAGAAAUAAACUUUUCCUGCAAACUCAUUGGUACCUUGUAAGUUUAAACGUUAGAUAGAUGUGACGUGCUCUCCUCUUUCACUCUCUGACCAAACUUUAUCCCACUAAUGAUGUAGUUUACGUUUAUCCCAACAUGAACAGGAUAUUUAGAGGGGGACCUGAUCCUAAAUGAACACUUCUACUCUGAGACAUGCAGCCCAUACAGCAUUGGUAGGCCCUAGACUGGUUUCAAUAGUAAGUGUCAUGUGCCAUCUAGUGGUCAUACCAGUGUUACCAUAUGGUUUAUUAGGCUUCAGAUUAAAUAAAUGUAUGAAUUUCACAGGCUUGUGAAAGUGCACAGGGAUUUUGUUACUGCUUUAUAAUAAAUAUUGAGGGUCUUAUUUUACUGAUAUGAUGAUCGAUGCUUGACAUCCAUUUGACAAAUAAACAUUCUCGCUCUUAUCCAUAAUAAUCUUGUCAGGUAAACGCAGGUGCCUAGACCAGAGUAGGCACAUUUGCUAUUUAACGGAACUUUUAUUUUGACAAAACUAUCAGUAGAGUUUCAAAAUGCAAUGGAAACACAUUGAACUUCAGAUUUGUAUUCGGUACAUUAAAAUGUAUUUUUGUGUCACCACGGAAAGCCAAAACCCCUGCUCAUGCAAACCUGGUGAUUAGAUGGUCUUGUGUAGAUUAUAUUUUCAACCAGAAACUAUCAGGAAAUAACACUGAUGUAUGUUUUUCCAAUGAGGAAACCAAUGUUUGUUUAAUCAGCUCUUGUACAAUAUGAUACACAACAAAUGUAAUUGUGACUGCACUGGGCCUUUAAAUCAUCUCAUGUUACAUAGCAGUAUUGCUGAUUUAAUAUAUGAUUGAUAUUGUUAUGACAUUCUAUAAAAGGUAAAGCUUUUAUACUAACUAUUUUAGAAGGCAUAUUGACAUGGCUGUUCUAUUGUAGAGAAGUGUGUGUGUGUGUGUGUGUGUGUGUGUGUGUGUGUGUGUGUGUGUGUGUGUGUGUGUGUGUGUGUGUGUGUGUGUGUGUGUGUGU